AUGGUUGAUUCUAUAUGUGGAGGAGCUUUUAUGGAGAAAACUCCUGAUGAGAUUUACAGUCUUUAUGAGAAUUUAAGUGAAAAUUCUAGAGAUCAAGCCUCUUUUGAAUUAUAUGACAGGGAUAAGAAGAGAGGAAUUUAUGAAUUGCAUCAUGAUGAUGAUUCUAAACUUAGAAAUGAGGUUAAUCAGAUUAAUCAAAGAUUAGAAAAAAUUGAUUUACUCAUUGACAAUAUUAGAAAGCCUUUUAACCCUCAACUUAAUUCGAAUAGUACAUGUCCUAUGUAUGGUGAAAACGAUUAUUCUGAAUUUCAAUGUUAUAAUUUAGAUCAAUCAUUUCAUCCUAUGCAAGAACAAGUGCAAGUAGCUCACGGUUUUAAUAGAAAUAGGGAAAAUUUUUCAAAUUCUUAUAAUCCUAAUUGGAGGAAUAAUCUUUCAUGGAGAGACCCAAAUAAUAUUCAAAAUCCAGAAGCACUUAGACCCAAUUCAAACUCUGAAUUUCGUCCAAAACAAGAAAAUAGAUUUCAGAAAAAUCAGCCCUCUCAAACCCAACCUGAUGCUAUGGAAAUGAUGCAGCAAAUGAGCCAAAUGAUGCAACAAACUAUGAAUCAAAUGAUGCAGCACCAGAAACAAAUUAUAGAGGCUCUUGAGAAUAAGAGAGAAGAGGGACAGCUACCUAGUCAGCCCAUAGAAAAUUCAGAAAACUGUCCAACAGUAAGAUUUCAGCAAGAAGAGUCUAGCUGGAUAAAUUUAGAAAAAAACCCACGAAAUGAAAAUGUUAGGACAGUGAAUAUAUUGAGUGAGAAUAUUUUACCUGAACCUUAUUUCCAAUUAUUAGAAGAAAUUGAUGAUCCAUUAGAAGUAAAUGAGAAUAUUAAGGCCAAAAAUGUAGUAGCAGAAAAUUUGAAUAAAAUCAGUUAUUGCUCACAAUUGAUGAAUGAAUAUAGUGAGGAUGAUGAGGAGAAAGAACCCUUAGAUGAAGAAACAGCAACUGAUCAUAGAAAAAUCAUCCAAAUUUUAGUAGAAGGGAGUAAGGACAGAAAUGAAGAAAAAUAUAUUUCAAGUGAGGAAAAAUCAACUGAUUUGGGAGAUGUAGGAGACGAAAUUAAUGAAUCUAAUCAUAAUUUUGCAGCCAUGGAUGUUGAUUGUGAGGAUGAUGAUGUAUAUCAUAUACCAAAAUUAAAAGAUAGCUCUUGGGAAGAUGAAGAAUUUGAUGAGUUGAGAAACGAAAAGCUAGAAAAAGAAUUGAUUCAACUAAUGGGAACAAGCGAAAAUAAUAGAUGUGAAUAUAGAAAUAAUUUUGGAGGAGAAAAUUUGAAUUUUACUGAAUUCAUUAGAUCUGAGAUUAAAGAAGACAAUCCUUCCAUCCUUCAAAACCCACAGCCCAUUAGAAUUAUUUCUAAGCUUGAAAUAUUUCACUCCUCACAAAUUGAACAAAUAUGUAUGGAAGAUAAAAUGGAGCAGGGGAAGAUUAUGCAGAUAAAAGAAGACAUUAAGAAAUGGGUGAGUGGAAGAAUUAGAGAUACCAAUUUAGAUGAAAAAAUUUUAGAUUGGGCAAGAGCUAAUCUGAAAAUUAUACGGCCUGAUCACAUUUUAUGGUUUAUUAAUAGAAAGUAUUUAUUAAUGAAUGAGAGCCUAACAAAACAAGAUAGAAAUAAGGAAAGAUUCUUUUCAAAAUGGAAAUAUUAUUUUUGGGAAAAUUUUGUUAAUUUCCAUUUUAUUUUGGCUGAAAGUAUGUCAAGGUAUAUAUAUGAAGUAUAUGAAUUUAUGCUAAAUCUGAAAAAGAAUAUCAUAAAACUUACCUUGGGAUACAAAUAUAUUUUGAUGGCCAUAGAUCAGCUUAUAUGAUAUAAGAGCUGUCCAGCUGGAGACAUUAAAUUCAGCGCUGCAUGGGAGGCAACCCAUGGUUUUUAUUUCAUUCUGUUUGAUUUUUUUUUAAGCUCUGUUUUUCUUAGAAUUUCGCAGUACUUGUUUCUGUAUUUGUUUUUCUUUCGAAAAAGUGCAGGAGGAGUGUAAGAUGAAGUGGAAAAUUAAAAACGAGGUUGAGGUGAUAUCUUUCUGAGCUUCAUCAUUUAUGAAAAUAUUUUUAAUGCUUAACUUUGCAGAUAUGCAUGCUUCACUUGAAAAUUAUAUUUUCUGCAUAUUCUGUUUCGAGUUUUCUGUGUCAUUGAGGACAAUGUCAUUUUUAAGUUGGGGGGUGAAGUAUUCAUUAUUAAUUUAUGCUGUAGGAUGAUUAAGAACAUGUGUUUGCAUUUUAUUCAACUUAGAACAGCAACUAAAAAAAAUAAAAAUAAAAUAAAAUUCGGAAAAAUUGCAACAUCUAUUUUCUGGUUUUCUGUCAGAAACAACAGACUGUCAAAAACAGAAGACAAAAAACAGCCCGAAAUUUGAAAUUCUAGAAGACCCUUUUCUCACAUUUCAAUCCCCUAGAUAUAUAUUACUGAAAUUCGAAAUUACAGCUAUAAAGAAGAUAGUUUUGAUUUAUUUUUGACAAAUUUAUUGCUGCUAAAAAUAGAACUGAAAACAGAAAACGGAAUUGUCAGAACUAUCUAAUUUACAAAUUCCUUACAUCAUAUUGCAUGCAUGAAAAAUUAAAUCAAUUAGAUUGAUUGAUACCAAAAGAUACUAGGAAGAUUAUUAUUGAGUCAAAAGAAUGAUCUAGUAGCAUGAAAUGUUGGAAUACUCCUUGGAUACAUGAUAGAUAACAUGGAUUUGAUUUUACAGAUUUUCACUUCAUGAUCUUGAUGGAUAAUAUUUACUUGAUGUCAAAAUUUGAUUGAUCAUUUGAGUUUAAUGGAGAUUUUUGCACCCUGAUCUAUAGGACUUGUGAGGAGAAAUCACUUAUUUCAAAAAAAAAAAAAAAAAAAAAAAAGAGAGAGCAAUGUGAAAAAUCUAGAAACGAAGAGUACACAUGGAGGGUGUGAGACAUCAUUCUCAUUGUCGAAAAUCGUGCAUAGAAAAACACUUGCUGAAAAAUAAGUGGAUAAAGUGAAAGCCCUGAAAAUGAAGAGUACACAUGGAGGGUGUGAGACAUCAUUCUUAUUGUCGAAAUUUGUCUACAGGAAAAGCUACUUAUCCACUAUAUAUAUAAAAAAAAAAAAGAAGGAAGAAAUAUAGUGCAAACUUCAAAAAUCAAGUCAUAGAAAAAGGGAAAUGUAAGAUCAAUAUUAUUCUUGGAUGAGUAUUGAUAAUUGGAACAUCUUGUAAAUACAUCUAUGAGUGAAGAAGUGAUAAAGAUGUGAAUAGAAGAAGUGAAGUCUAGAUUGUUAUUCCAAGGAGUGUUUAAACAUUUAAGUGCUUGACAUCAUUCUUAAAUACUUGAUAUAAGAAUCCAAAGUGUUUAAAGGUGCAUCAUUUCUAAUUGUAUUUCUUUUCUGUAUUGAAAUGUGAUGUUUGAGAUUUGUAAAUUUUUAUUUUCGUAAUUCCAUUGCUAAGGGACUAGCAAUGAUUUAAGUUGGGGGGUGUGAUAAGUCUUCAUUAUCAUGAGUUAAUAAUUAGUAAAUAAUAUAGUUUUAGCCUUAACUCAUGAUAAAUAGACUUAUAUUUGUGUUAAAGCAUGAAAAGUGGUUUUCAGUUGAUUAACGUGAAUUUUUGGGUAAUUAUGUGAUUUUAUACGAUUUUUACAGUCUUAGUUUUGAGAUAAACGAAGAACAAGAAAUAAAAAUAAAAAUAUUGCAAAAUGGGGAGACCCGCCGGCCAGCCGGGCCCGCAAGCGGGUCGGAAGCGCAGUCGGGGAGUAGCCGCGAGCAGGGGCUCGAGCGGCUUGCUUGGAUCGAUAGGGGCACGUGUGCGCCACUCCCCUUCCACGUCACCGGUGGUCAGCCGGCUGUGGGGCAAGGAGUGGUCGUACACGCGAGAGGAUUUUGCCUACAAAGCUAACUUUACUAUAUAUUCGCCCAAAUAAUCCGCGCACAACCGAUGUGGGACUAAACCCGCGUCACACCUUGUUCAGGGGCGGGCGACCGCCGCGGGUUCGAAUCCUCCCAGAGUCAAAAUUCAUAUAUUUUUAACUGAUUAUCGCGACUUUCCUGCAGAUCGCCGGUGAAGGAUUAAGCAACCGGAAUCGCUGGAUCAUCGGCGAAAAUCUCGUCAACGCGAUUCGCGGAGCAUUGCUACUAAAAUUUCUGAACGAUUCGCGAUAAAAGGAUCGCAAUCCAUCGAGUAAAUCAUCUCCGAUUGAUCGACGAACAAGCCGUCGUCGGGAAGAGGACGAUCCGCCGGGAGACCAGUCGCCACCUCCUGAGAGCGUACCAGAUGCGAUGAAGAGCCUCCUCUUGCUGCGCGGACCUGAGGAUGAAGCUCCCUAACACGCGCCUCACCUCCAUCCAGCCCCUCUCCGUCGGGUGACAGCCGCCGGAGAGCCGCAAAGUCGCCGUUUUUCCGCUCCGCCGGGUGACAGCCGCCGGAGACGAUUCGACGACCCACUUCAUUGGUCUCUAGACUUCGCGAGAAGAUCUAGAGAUUGCCCACGUCGUCUUUGUCCAAGGAGAGCCUUCGAGGCCGUGGACACUGCACGACGACCCUCCCGAACGCUCAGGAUUCCGGUGCAUCGCCGACGCGUCGCCGUCGCGACGCCGGAACUCUGUUUUCCUGCUUUAUCUAGAGAUUGCCCACGUCGUCUUUGUCCAAGGAGAGCCUUCGAGGCCGUGGACACUGCACGACGAUCCUCCCGAACGCUCAGGAUUCCGGUGCAUCGCCGACGCAUCGCCGUCGCGACGCCGGAACUCUGUUUUCCUGCUUUCAAUUUAAUUUACGCUUCAUUUAGUGAUACUUUGUUGAUUUUUAUUUACCAAACUAUACUUUGUUCAACUACGAUUCUUCCGGCUUUUACAGAUCUUAAUUUGAUUAAUUGAGUCGUCUGUAAUCGCCUACGUAAGAAUCGCCGGGCGGAACUGUGUUUCCGCCUGAUUCGCGUUCGCCGGGCGCUGACGUCAUCCUGACGUCCGCACCCUUAUUUCCUUUUUUUUUCGUGAAUUUUAAAUAUAUUUCCUUUUUAUUUCCUAGUAUAAAAUUCGUAAGAAAAUCGUACUCAUUGAGAAAAAUUCUGAAUAAUUACCAGAUAUCAUAUUACAUCCCUGUGAUCGACCUGGAAAAUUACCGCUAUUUUUGGAAUUUUUAUUGAAUUAUAAUUGAUAUAUUUAUUUAGAAAUACUUCUAAAUAUCCGAAAAUUCGUAUUUUCUAGUUUUAUAAAUUUUAUAUUUGCGUGAUUUAACAUACAACGACUGAGUCACGUCAGGCAAUAAUGGGUAAAUUUAAUGCAAACAUGCCUUACCUUAUGACAAUUUCAAACGAAUUAAGAAGUGUAGUAAAAUUGUGUGAUAGUGUAACAGUGUGGAUGCCCUAGAUGCAAGGCACAUCAUCAUUAGAUUUGAAAAUAGGGAGGGCUUUUGCAUUGUCUGGAGUAGGACGAUGUUGGAAGGUGGAGGAACUGUGGAUGACAACUUUUCAUUGAUCCGCCUUCUUCUCCCAUGGAGUGAACCCACCCUUCACCUUGAUUUGGGUGGGGUUCCCAUGCAUCAAGGUACAUUUUCUUAACCCAUCAGCCCUCAAAUUGAUUGUAUCCAUGAUUGACACAUUCAUUAGUGCUGAUAGAGAUGUAACUCAAUUCACACAACUGGACUAUUCCCAAGUGUGUAGAAGUGAACAUCGCACAGUGCAUCCCCAAAACUAUUAUAAUUAAAAAAGGAUUGAGAGGUCAUAGAGCAAAAGGUGGUUGUGGAAAAUGUAUGAUCCUAUCGUAGUGCAUGUUAGAAGAUUGGCCAUGACAACUGGAACUAUCAUUUCAAUUGAAAGGAGAGGGGGUGCCAAGGGAGGAGAGGGAUGGGGAAUGAGAAGUCUAGGAGAGGAGGAAGCAUGGAGACACUAAGACAUGGAAAUGGGGGGACGAAAGGGUAGAGAUGGGGAAGUGAAGUAAGGCUAUAUGGAGGGCAGGCAAGAUGGACUGGAAACUACUAUAGAAGGAGUUGACAUGGAAGAAGGGAGGAAGAGGAUUGGAGAUGAGCAGGUAAUGAUUACUAGAUCUAUUGUGGGAGUAGUUGGGAAAUCUGUGGAACCACGGAAGACUGGAGCAAGACAAGCUGGAGAGUGUACCAUAGUAGGGACCUCUAGGAUAAGGAAGAUACCCUAGUCAGUCAAAGUGUCCCUUAGGUAGUGAGUCAAGAGGAUCCCAAGAGGGAGGAGGUAGCAAGAGUAGGAGAGGGGGAAGGAUUAUCCCUACUCCUAGUAAGAGAAGCAACAUCAAGGGGGCCACGACCACACUAGUAUCAGAGCCCCAAGGCCCUGUCCAACACACCACACCACAAGGAGAGAAGAUCGAUAGCCAAGGGAAGACGAUUGAGGAGGGAGAUAUUCAAGGCAAGGCAACUGAGGUGUAAUCUCUCAAGGGAAAUCCAAGAGCCUUAGACCCAAGGUUUAUCAUAUUGAAUAUGCAAGCAUGGCUAGAAUAAGGAGGUAGCGUAAGUUCCCGAUUGGUAGCAGUUCGUGUUGGGUUGAUCUUAUGUUGGUCAGUGUGUCACCUCACCAAGCACAUCUGAUAUAAAGGCUCGUGAAGCAUUAUGAUACUAGAAACUUAAGCGUCAUGAUACCAUUAGGGAUAUAAAGAUAAUAAUUAAGGAUUAUUUGGUAAAAUAGACAUUAUCAAUUAUCUUUAAAAUCUUGAUAGCAAUCGUGAAUACGGCAAUCCGUUCUUCCCUUCUUUUGCACAAUCAACGUCUCUGGUGAUCGACAAAGCUCGUUCCUUCCUCCCUUGACUAUACGUAAGGCCUCUAGUGAGUGGUGAGUUCUUUCCUUUUCCCACAGACAACGGUGACAAUGUGGUCAACCCCUCUUUCGAUAGAUCUCUUUGACAAGCGACGCAGCACUUUCAAACAACACUUCUAUGACUUCCAAUGUGGUGUGGCAUGUCCAAAUAAAACUAAGCCGCCACACUUGUCUCCAAUUGUCUAAGAGGCAGAUUAAACUUGGACAAUAAUUUAUUUCUUACUUUUAGUAUUUACUUAUCUUCUUUUAUGGUAAAUUAUUUCUAUUUCAUACAUAUUUUGAUUGAAAUGAGUAAAAUUAAUUCAAAACUUGAUGAACGAUCUUCGUUCUUCUUCUAAAUCCUCUAAAUUUUGUCUUAAAUUAAGCUAGGAUCAUUUUUAACUUAUUUUUUAUUGAUUUUCAUAGUUGAAUCUCGACAUAUUUAUGUUUUCAGUGUUUCACAAAUAAGAAAUAUAUUUUUAUUUUCGAACACGUAGUCACUAAUAGUUGCAAAAUAGUAGUUGCACCUAUAUAUUAAUAUCUUAUAUAUAUAGGUGUUAAUUAAUAGGUAGAUAAUAUAAUUAUACAUGUGUUACUGACUUAUUAUGACAUUAUAAUAUUUUAUCAUUUAAGUCUUAAUAUAUAUUAUUUUACUUAUUUUUAAUUAUAUUAUGAGACUAACCUCACUUUACUUUUAUGAAGUCAAGUGAUGAUUCUCUCACAUUUUUUUGAUAAUUAUUUGCAUACAAAGACUUAAGUGAGCUCUUAUUAUGAGUUGAAAAUAAAAGAAGAAGUCCAAGCCUUCAACAUAAUAAAAAGCCUAAGCCUUAUAGAGAGGGUUGAUGAUAACUCAAGACUUGGGAUGUCGUAGGUCCUAAGUGAGGUUAUUUAAAACUAUUUAUAUUUUUACUAUCAUAAUCAAUCUAAUAAGUAGAGAAGGUAAGAUAGGGGUUGACGUAACUCAGUCAUUAUAUAGUAAAUCAUGUAAAUUUAAAAUUUAUAAAACUAGAAAAUAUAAAUUUUUAGAUAUUUAGAAGUAUUUCUAAAAAAAUAUAUCAAUUAUAAUUCCAUAAAAAUUCCAAAAAUAGUGGUAAUUUUCCAAGUCGAUCAUAAGGAUGUAAUAUAAUAUUUGGUAAUUAUUUAGAAUUUUCCUCAAAGAAUACUAUUUUGUAUGAAUUUUAUAUUAUUAAGUGAAAAGAAAAUAUAUUUAAAAUUCACGAAAAAGUGAAAUAAGGGUGCGGACGUUAGGAUGAUGUCAACGUCUGGCGAAUGCAAAUUAGGCAAAAACAUAGUUCCGCUCAAUGAUUCUUACGUAAGCGAUUAUGUAAGAAUCGUAAAAGCCGAAAGAAUCGUAAUAGAAUGAAGUAUAUCUUGGUAAAUUUAAAAUCAACAAAUUAUCACUAAAUGAAACGUAAAGUAAGUUGAAAGUAGGAAAAUAGAGUUCCGGUGUCAUGGUGACGAUACAUCGGCGAUGCAUUGAAAUCUUGAGCAUUCAGGAGGAUAGUCGUGUAGUGUCCAUGGCCUCGAAGGCUCUCCUUGGACAAGGAUGAUGUGGCCAAUUUCUAGAUCUCCUUGCAAAGUCUAGAGAUCAAUAAAAUAGGUUGUCGAAUCGUCUCCGGCAGCUAUCACCCGGUGGAGCGGAAAAAUAGCAACUUUGCAGCUCUCCGGAAGAUGUCACCUAACGGAGAAGAGCUAGAUGGAGGUGGGGCGCGUGUCAAGGAGCUUCAUCCUUAGGUUCGCGCAGCAAGAGGAGGCUCUUCAUCGCAUCUAGUACGCUCUCAAGAGGUGGCGACUCGUCUCUCGGCUGAUCGUCCUCUUCCCAAUGAUGGCUUGUUUGUCAAUUAAUCGGAGAUGAUUUACUUGAUAGAUUCGUGAUCCUUUUAUUGCGAAUCGUUCAAAAAUUUUAGUAACAAUGCUCCCUGAAUCAUGUUGACGAAAUUUUCACUGAUGAUCUAACAAUUCUAGUUGCUUAAUCCUUCAUCGGUGAUCUAUAGUAAAGUCACGAUAAUCAGAUAAAAAAUAUAAAUUUUGGCUCUAGGAGGAUUCGAACCCACACUGGUUGUUCGCCUUUUUUAGGGAGGUGACAUAGGUUUAGUCCCACAUCAGUUGUGCACUGAAUUUUUGGGCGAAUAUAUAGUAAUGUUAGAUUUUUAAGUAAGUCCCUUUCUCACGUAUGUACAGCCACUCUUUGUCCCACAGUCAGUUGACCACUGGUGACAUGGAAAGGGAGUGGCACAAAUGUGCCUUAUCGGUCCAAGUUGCUCGAGCCCCUAGCUCACGACUCCUCCUUGACUGGACUUUCGAUCCACUUGUGGGCCCAACUGGUUGGUGGGACUCCCUAUUUUACAAUAUUAUAUUUUUAUUUCUUUUUUUUCAUUUAUCUCAAAAGUAAGACUAUAAAAAUCAUAUAAAAUCACAAAAUUACUCAAAAAUUCACGUUACUCAAUUGAAAACUACUUUGCAUACUUUAACACAAAUAUAAGUCUAUUUAUCAUGAGUUAAGGCUAAAACUAUAUUAUUUACUAAUUAUUAACUCAUGAUAAUGAAGACUUAUCAAGAGUCGAACCACAAGGAGAAAGACUAAUGAUCUUAAGAAAUCUUAAGUAAUGAGAAGAAAUAAGUAAGAAAAUUGACAAGAGAAAGAGAGAUGGGAGAUGAGUGGCAGAUGAAAAAUAUGAGUGAAAUGAGGUGUAAUGAAGGAAACCCUAGAUCAUGAUUGACCUAGGGAGUGUAGAAAAGAAGUUUUGAGAGUAUUUUAAUGAGAAAUAGUGGUUGAGGUUGAUAAAGAAUAAUGUAACUACUAAAAAUAUUGGUGUCAUAUGUUGGAAGAAAACACUUUGAUCUUGUGAUUUCUGACUAUAGUGAGUGUUUUAAGUUUUUCUUAAGCUAGAUUUUCAAGAAGACAUUUAGGUAAGUGCUAAAAGAAGAAAAGAGAGUGUCGCCGCACAUCACAUACAACAGUGCACCAAAUAUAUAUAAAACUUAUGUGGCUGAAACGUGUCGUUAAUUGGGGAAAAUUAUGGAAAAACCCUUAGAAUGUGUGAAAUAAUAUAUAUAUAUCCCUAAAUUACUUAAAUAUCCUCAACUCAAAUAUAUCAAAAUAAAUUCAAAAAAAUCAUAAAAAAUUCAAAAAUAUUUGUGAAAUAAGUAUUUUUUAUAAUAAUUAUGAAGUUACUAUUUGGCUAUUUUAUGGAUGAUAACAUGCUAAAACAAGAUAUUUAAUCCUAAAAUAUAUUCACUUUAAGGUAAUUAAUGAGUAGUUUUAACAUACUAUCAGUUGGCCUAAUAUAUUUAUGGCCCAAGAGAGAGCAUCAUCUUGGCCUAGCCCAUUUGGACUUAAAAGGGCUAUCAAGAGAUGAGAUCUAGGCCGCCUAUCUUAGGGCACCUUAAGAUGAGAUUAAAAGAAGGAUUAGAGCACCACCCUCAUGAAAUGAUCUAGGCCGUCCACUAAGAGAGUUGGUUAUUAAUCAUAACCAUCCAUUAGAGGGGCCUAAUUCUCGAGAGGAUUAAGGUAUUUCACCCCCUUCUUAGAGGGCGCUUUUUGGCUCUCUCUUUAGUAGUGACUAGUUAAAGGAAAUAAGAGAAAAAUCAAGGCCUGAUUAAAAGCAUUCCCGUGCCUAAAAUCAUCAUGAAGAAGAGAUUACUUGAAGCGUAUCAAGAUCAUCUUGGAUCAAGUAUCAUUCGACUUAGAACUAACGCACAACGAGGUUUGUGCAAUGUCCAGAUUUUGGAUGUCUUUGUAAUCCUCUCCAUAGAUAAAUUAACUUUUAAUUUGAAUUAGUUUUAUCAUUUAUUUUAUCAUUUCAUUACAUUAGAUCUAUUUUAUCCUCUUUGUCACGUUUUUCAUAACUCUUGUCUUUACUCUUUUACAUUUAAUUUCACCCUUCACAAUCUCAAGGAUAUAUAUAUAUAUAUAAAAUAAAAUAAGUGAAAUUCUUACUUACAAUACCCAUGCUCUUUAAGGAUCGACCCUUACUUAUCAUAAAUAUAAGAGUAAGAUUUUAUAAAUAUUAUUUACAUGAAUUUGAUUGUGUCACAACAACAUAUUUAAAUUUUAAUUUGAGUUCAUUAGUCAUUGAGAUUAAAGGCUGAUUAAUGAGAAUCUAAUGGUUAAAGCAAAUUAGAGACAUUCAUGACUAAUCGACGCGACUCAAUCAUUGUAUAUUAAAUCACGUAAAUAUAAAAUUUAUAAAACUAAAAAAAAUAAAUUUUUGAAUAUUUAGAAGUAUUUAUGAACAAAUAUAUCAAUUAUAAUUCAAUAAAACUUCCAAAAAUAGCAAUAAUUUUCCAGGUCAAUCAUAGGGAUGUAAUAUAAUAUCUGGUAAUUAUUUAGAAUUUUCUUUAGAUAAUACUAUUUUAUAUGAAUUUUAUACUAAGAAAUGAAAAUGAAAUAUAUUUAAUAUUCACAAAAAAAGGAAAUAAGGGUGCGGGCAUCAAGAUGAUGUCAGCACUUGGCAAAUGCGAAUCGAGCAGAAAUAGAGUUCCACCCAGUGAUUCUUACAUAAGCACUUACAUAUGAUUUAAUUAAUCAAAUUAAGAUUUGUAAAAGUUGGAAAAAUCGUAAUUGAGCAAAGUGUAUUUUGGUAAAUUAAAAAUACAAAAAUUAUCACUAAAUGAAGCAUAAAGUAAAUUGAAAAUAGAAAAACAGAGUUCCAGUGUCAUGACGGCGAUGCGUCAGCAAUGCACCAGAAUCUUGAGCGUUCAGGAGGAUUGUCGUGUAGUGUCCAUGGCCUUGAAGGCUCUCUUUGGACGAAGGUGACGUGGGCAAUCUCUAGAUCUUUUCGUGAAGUCUAGAGAUUAAUGAAAUGGGUCGUCGAGUCAUUUCCGGUGGCUGUCACUUAACAGAGCGGAAAAACGGUGACUUUGCGGCUCUCUAGCGACUGUCACCCAACAGAGAGGAGCUAGAUGGAGGUGGGGCGCAUGUCAAGGAGCUUCAUCCUCAGGUCCGCACAGUCAAAGGAGGCUCUUCAUCACAUCUGGUACGCUCUUAGGAGGUGGCGACUCGUCUCCUGGCAGAUCAUCAUCUUCCCAACGAUGGCUUGUUUGUCGAUCAAUCGGAGAUUAUUUACUUGAUGGAUUUGUGAUCUUUUUAUCGCGAAUCAUUCAGCAAUUUUAGUAGCAAUGCUCCGCGAAUCGCGUUGACGAGAUUUUUGGUGAUGAUCUAGCGAUUCUCGUUGCUUAAUCCUUCACCGACGAUCUGUAGGAAAGUCGCGAUAAUCACAUAAAAAUAUAUGAAUUUUGACUAUGAGAGGAUUUGAACCCACACCAGUCGCCUGCCUCUUCUAAAGAAGGUGUGACGGGGGUUUAGUCCCACAUCGGUUGUGCGCCAAUUUUUCAAGCAAAUAUAUAGUAAUGUUAGCUUUCUAAGCAAAGUCCCUUCUCUCACGUGUACGAUCACUCCUUGCCUCACAACUAGCUAGCCAUUGGUGAUGUGGAAGAGGGAGUGGCACACACGUGCCCUUAUCGGUCCAAGCUACUCGAGCCCCUACUCACGGCUACCCCCCGAUUGUGCUUCUAACUCGCUUGCAGGCCCGGCUGGCCAGCGGGUCCCCCCAUUUUUGUAAUAUUUUUAUUUUUAUUUAUUUUUCUUUAUUUAUCUCAAAAGUAAGACUAUAAAAAUUAUAUAAAAUCACAUAAUUACCCAAAUUUUCACUUUAAUUAACUGAAAACCACUUUUCACACUUUAACACAAAUAUAACUAUAUUUAUCAUGAGUUAAGGCUAAAACUAUAUUAUUUACUAAUUAUUAACUCAUGAUAAUGAAGACUUAUCACUAACCUUAUGUCAUGUGUGUGAAUUCUCGAGCACACAUCCAUCUAAGAAUAAUGUUUACCAUGAAAAUAAGUUGACCGUAUUUCUCUCCUUCUUUAUCUUUGUCUUAUAUAUAUAUAUAUAUAUAUGUCAUGAGACUGCUUCUUCUCUCUCCAUCUCUCGUGAGAUCUCUCCCUUUCUCUUGAUCAAUCUCUUUCUCUUUCUCUCUAACAAUUGAUCUUCCUCUCUCUUCUCUCUCUCUCCUCUCUCUUUCUCGUGAGACCUUUCUCUAUCUCUAUCUCACAUGAGAUUUCCUUCUCUCUCUCCUCUCUCUUUCUCAUGAGACCUUUCUCUAUCUCUAUCUCAGAUGAGAUUUCCUUCUCUCUCUUCUCUCUCUCUCUCCAUCUCACAUGAGAUUUCUUUCUCUCUCUUCUCUCUCUCUCUCCAUCUCACAUGAAACUUUUCCUAUCUCUUCUCUCUCUCUUUUUCUCCUUCCUUUUCUUCACUUCCCUUCUUUAUUCUUCUCACCUCACCCUUCUAUUUUAUUAUUUAUAUUAAAUAUUAAUAUAAUAUUAAAAUUACUUUAUAUAUAAACUAAAUUACUUUUCAUGACAAAUUGAUCAAUCUCCCUAUGUUCGACCUAAGACUUACUUCUAUAUUAAUCUUUUAUUAAGUUUUAGUUAUAAAUAUUAUUAGAUAAUGUGCAUUUAAGCACAAUGACAAGUGCACAUCAUCUUUUUGGCAUCAUUGUUGAGGAGAUUUGUUUUCAAUUAGUGUUAAUUGAUUUAGUUUUUUUCAUAUUUCAGUGAUUUUUUUAAAAAUAUAAUUAUUAGACCUUUCAUUAUUUUUAUUAUUUCAUUUAAAUAUUAUUUCGAAAAAUGAAAAAAAAGUUUAUUAGGCUCAAUUGAUUUCUAUUUAUUUCAUAAAUUAGAAUUUUAACUCUUUAAUUUCUAUUUAUUUACUUGAGUAUUUUAAAUUUCACAUUAAUUUUAUACUUCUCUUUGACAUACUUAUUAGAAUUAUAUAUUCAUGUCAUGAUCAUUGCUAUAUUUAAAUUAUAAAAAACUUAAUUAAUGAAUGGUAGAUACAGCUUGCAACCAAUCUUAGAAAAUCUAACUACCAACCAAUCUAAGAAUUUAGGAGCACAAGAAAAAUGAAAUUUACCACCCAUGUUAAUGACUCCAAUAAUAGAAAAAGGAAAAAAAUCAUCUUCUAUUGAAGUAGAAUCACCUAGAAUGGAUCAUCCAGCCUAAGAGAGUGAGAAUGUUGAAAAUACUCAACUUUAUAAACCUAUAUGUGAUUAUUAUACACUUGAUUUAUAUAGACUUACUUUGCAAGUUAUACCUCUUAUUUUGCCAAAUGCUCAUUUUGAUAUUCAUCAUAGCACUCUACAAAUACUUUCUGAAUUUCGUGGGUUAACUAAUGAGGAACCACAUCAACAUAUUCUUUGUUUUCUAGUUGCAUGUGAACUUAUUCAUUUUCCUAAUAUUCCUUAAGAUACACUUAGGUUACGUCUCUUCUCAUAUUCAUUGCAUGAUAAAGCUAGAGAUUAGCUCACAUCAUUACCACAUGAAAUCACCACAUAAUUAGAACUAGAGCAAGUAUUUUUAGAAAAUUCUAUCCCAUUUGCAAGACUUAUGCCAUCUAGAAAGUCAUUCUCCAAUUUACUCAAAAAUUAGGAGAAGUAUUCCAUGAAUCUUGAAAAAGAUUCAAGGAGCUUUAAAGGAGAUGUCCACAUCAUGAAAUUACCAAAUGACAAUUAAAUCAUAAAAACAGUAUAGAUGCUACAUGUGGAGGCACAUUCAUGAGUAAUGAUGAGGAUGAAAUUUAUAAAUUAUCUAAAAAUUUAAGUAGAAAUUCUGCUAAAAGUGAAUAUUUUGCUUUAUAUGAUCACAACAAUAAUGAAAAUAAAAGAAAAAUAUUUGAGAUUAGAAAUAAUGAUACAUUAGACAUUAGAAAUGAAGUUAGUGAGGUUCAUCAAAAGUUAAAUGUUUUAUAUAAUCAUUUGCUACAUAAAAAGGGACACAAUAUUCAUAUUAUAGAUGUUCAUCAUGUGAUAGGACUGAUCAUUAUAAAUCUAAAUAUCCUAAUUUAGAUCAAGAGCAUACACAUGCACUUCAUGAUCAUAGGAAUCAGUCAAAUCCUUAGAAAAUUAGAAUAAUUUUUUAAAUUCUCAAAAUCAUGUCAUGCAUUAUCAAUCAUUUCAUAGACCUAAUCAUGCAUUUAGACCUCCUCAUCAACCACAAUAUAAUGCUAAGCCCUCUUUUCAUCAAAAUAGUCAUAAUUUCUAGCAAGGUACUCAUUAGCUACUAGCCCACAAUUUCACCCCUUCUUCUACAAGUUCGGUCCCCAAUUUUAACCCACAAUAUCCUAAUUCAUAUCAAAAUCAAUCUGAUAUGAAUUCAAAAUCAGUGCAACAGUUUAUGGGACAAAUGAUGUAAUAAUUUCAGGAAAUAAAUAUAUCUAUGAUGAAAAUGAGGGAGAAAAUUAGAUAAGAAAAUCAGCAAACAACUCUUAGGUUAGAAAAAGAGAUAGGUAAAUUAGUCUUGGCCAAUUCAAAAUGUGAAACAGGUCAUCUUCCUAGUCAACCCAUCAUGAAGUCAAAAUCAGUCUUCUAAUAGCGAUGAACCAUCUACAUCUCAAGGUUUUGAAAAUGUAGAAGUGAUGACAACUUUUAGGAGUGGAAUGCAACUCAAAGAUUCAUAUGCAUCAGAUUUUCUAGAAAAAUACGUUAAUAAUGAUGAAGUGCUGAAUGAUGAGGAUAAUGAACAUAAUAGUUUAUUUUCUGAUGAUGAGAAUUUAGAGGAAGAAAAAUAAGAAUCAAAAAAAGAAAAAUCAAAAAUACCAACCAUUCCUAUUUUAUCAUAGCAAGAUGAACUUAGAAAAAUAGUCCCUUUUCCUAAGAUAGUAGAACCAAAACUUAGGAAAAGAGUUGAACCUAAUGAAGAACUUAUGGAAAUAUUUAAACAAGUUCAUAUCUCUAUUCCUUUGGUAGAUGUAAUUAAACACAUACCUACAUAUGUGAAAUUUUUAAAAGAAUUAUACACACUAUUAAAGCUAGAUUUUUGUGUUUUAAUUAGUUUUAUUAUUUUAUUUUAUUUUAUUUUAUUAACUUGAAAACUAAAUAUAGAAUGUUGUGUUAAUUUUAUAAGUUUGAAGUUAAAAUAUUCGUGUAAUUUUAUAUCAUUUAAAAAUAUAUACAAAAUAAAUUAUAAAAAUAUUCUGCCCAUUGGCAAGUCAACACUCAACAAUUGACCUAGAGGGGUAGUGCAAUCGAGUGGGUAGACUCAAAUAAGGAGAGCCACGAGUUGGGCUCGAGUGGCAAAGGACUCACUACAUGCACAUGUGCAUCACUCCCCUUCCAUGUCCUAGUGGCCAACCAGUCAUGGAGCAAGGAGCAUCCGUACGCACAUGCACGCACGAAGGUGGACCCCCUUUUUGCCUUCUCCCAAGAUAGUCAUGAGCAUUAUUUUAUUUCAGGAGAAGGGAUCUCUACUAAGAGAAUAACUUUGAGUUAUAUUCAGCUUAAAUCAUCUCAAACUUUUGAUGUGGGACUAACUAUUUUCAUAUGUUUCAGUGCAGUCAUUUGGAGUGUUGUGUGAUCUAGUGGUAUUUAGCAAGCCACAUCAUCGGUGGAUAUAAUGCCAUGAUAUUAGAUGUGUAAAGUGAUCCAUCAACAAUUUGUGAAUCUAACAUCGUGAUAAGUCUUCAUUAUCAUGAGUUAAUAAUUAGUAAAUAAUAUAGUUUUAGCCUUAACUCAUGAUAAAUAGAUUUAUAUUUGUGUUAAAAUAUGAAAAGUGUUUUUCAAUUGAUUUACGUGAAUUUUUGGGUAAUUAUGUGAUUUUAUAUAAAUUUCUAUGAUUUUUAUAGUCUUAUUUUUGAGAUAAAUGAAGAAAAAGAAAUUAAAAAAAAAACAAAAUGGGGUGGACCCGCUGGCCAGCCAAGCCCGCAAGCGAGUCUGAAGCGUAGUUGAGUAGCCGUGAGCAGGGGCUCGAGCAACUUGGACCAAUAGGGGCACGUGUGCGCCACUCCCCUUCCACGUCACUAGUGGCCAGCCAGUUGUGGGGCAAAGAGUGGUCGUACAUGCACGAGAAAGGGACUUGCUUGCAAAUGUAACAUUAGAGUAUAUUCGCCUGACACUUUGGCGCACAAGCGAUGUGGGACUAAACCUACAUCACACCUUCCCCAGAAAGGGCAGGCAACCAGCACGGGUUCGAAUCCUACUAGAGUCAAAACUUAUAUUUUUUUAUCUAAUUAUCAUGACUUUCCUACAAACUGCCGGUGAAAGAUUAAGCUGCCAAAAUUGUUGGAUCAUCGACAAAAAUCUUGUCAAUGUGAUUUGCAAAGCAUUGUUACUAAAAUUACUAAACGAUUCACAAUAAAAAGAUUGUGAAUCCAUCGAGUAAGGCAUCUCCAAUUAAUCAACAAACAAGUCGUCGUCAGGAAAAAGAUGAUCCGUCGAGAGACGAGUCACAACCUCUUGAGAGCAUGCCAAAUGCAAUGAAGAGCCUCCUCUUGUUACGUGGACCUAAGGAUGAAGCUCCCUGACACAUGCCCCACCUCCAUCCAACUCCUCUCUGCGAGUGACAGCCGCAAGAGAACUGCAAAGUUGUUGGUUUUCGCUUCGUCAGGUGAUAGUCACCAGAGACGAUUCGAUUACCCAUUUCAUUGAUCUCUAGACUUUGCAAAGAGAUUUAGAAAUUGUCCACGUCGUCCUUGUCUAAGGAAAACCUUCGAGGUCAUGGACACUACAUGACGAUCCUUCCAAACACUCAAGAUUCUGAUGCAUUGCUGAUGCAUCACCGUCGUGACGCCAAAACUCUGUUUUCUUACUUUCAACUUACUUUACCUUUCAUUUAGUGAUAAUUUGUGUGAUUUAAAUUUACCAAGAUAUACUUCAUUUAAUUACGAUUCUUUCGACUUUUAUAAAUCUUAAUUUGAUCGAUUAUAUCAUUUGUAAUUACUUAUGUAAGAAUCACCAGGUGGAACUUUGUUUUUGUCUGAUUCACGUUUGUCGGGAGCUGACGCCAUCUUGACGUCCGUACCCUUAUUUCCCUUUUUCAUGAAUUUUAAAUAUAUUUAUUUUUCAUUUCCUAGUAUAAAAUUUAUAUAAAAUAAUAUUCUUUGAGAAAUUUUUUUAAUAAUUACCAAAUAUUAUAUUACAUCCCUAUGAUCGGCUUGGAAAAUUAUCGCUAUUUUUAGAAGUUUUAUUAAAUUAUACUAGAUAUAUUUGUUCAGAAAUACUUUUAAAUAUCUAAAAAUUCAUAUUUUUUAGUUUUAUAAAUUUUAAAUUUGCGUGAUUUACUAUACAAUGACUAAGUCACGUCACAUCGCUCAACACGAACAUAGAUUUAAAAGAUGAUUUGAUGACUAAGGAGUUUCCACAAUACUAGGAACUUAAGCUCUUGCAUAUAUCAUUGUCAAGAAUUGAUGUGCACUUGUCGUUGUAUUUAAAUACACAUUAUCUAAUAAUAUUUACGACUAAGACUUAAUAAAAUAUUAGUAAAGAAGUAAGUAUUAGGUCUAACACAGAGAGAUUGAUUAAUUCAUCAUGAAAACUAAUUUAGUAUACAUAAAAAGUGAUUUUAAUAUUUUAUCCUUAUUUAAUGGAAAUCAUAAAAUAGAAGGGUGAUGUGAAAAGAAUAAAGAAGGAAAAUGAAGAAAAGGAAGGAGUAAAAUAGAGAGAAAAGAGAGAGCUCUCACUAGAGAGAGAGGGGGUGAGAUCUCCCAUGAAAGGGAGAGAAAGAGAGAGGAGGAGAGAAAGCUCUCACGAGAGAGAGAAGGGAUGAAGUCUCUCGCGAAAGGGAGAGAAAGAGAGAAGAGGAGAGAAAACUCUCACGAGAGAGAGAAGGGAUGAGAUCUCUCACGAAAGGGAGAGGAAGAGAGAGCAGAGAGAAAUAAGAUGAAAAUGAAGAAAGAUAGAAAUACGGUCAAUCCAUUUUCAUAGUGACCAUUAUUCUCAAAUAAAUAUGUGCUCGAGAAUUCAAACACAUGACAUGAGGUCAGCCGUGAACAUCUUUAAUUUAUUGUAACCAUUAAAUGCUCAUUAAUCAGCCUUUAAUCUUGGUGAUUUCACAUUUAAAAAUAGAAAAAUACUUCUUAUUCAUGAAAUGCCAAGAACAUGAAUCAAGAUUUGACAGUAAAAAUCAAUAAAAAAUAAGUUUUAAAUGAUUUUACCUUAAUUUUAGACAAGUUUCAGAGGAUUCAGAAAAAGAAUGAAGAUCAUUCAUCAAGUUUUGAAUUAGUUCUACUCAUUUCAAUCAAAAUAUUCAUGAAAUAGAAAGAACUUAUUGUAAAAUAUAAAUAAAUGACAAAAGUAAGUAAGUCCUAAAAGUAUAGAAUAAAUCAUUGCCCAAGUUUAGUUUGCCUCAUGGGCAACUAGAGACAUCGGUGUGGCUGGUUUCAUUCGGACAUGCUACACCACGUUGGAAGUCAGUAGAAGUAUCAUUUGGAAGCACUUUACCACUUGUCGGAGAGAUCCAUUGAAAGAGGGGUCGACUAUGUUGACAAUGUUGUCUAGAGGGAGAAGACUCACUAGAGACGUCAAUCAUGCAAAAGGAUGGAAGAACAGAUUGUCAUUUUUGUGUCAACUGUCGAGAUUUUAAAGAUAAUUGAUAAUAUCUAUUUACUAUAUAAUAAUCAAUUAUUGUCUUUAUAUCCCUAAUGAUGGUAUGUCUGAGAAUUGAAAUUCCUAGUAUCAUGGCAUUUCAAGAGCCACUAGAUCAAAUGUGCUUGGUCACAUUGCCCACUAAGCCAAACAAGAUCAACUUGCCGCGAACCACAGUCGAUUGAGAACUUAAGUUCAUGGUACCAUAGUGCCACUUUAGCCGUCAAAUCAUCCUUUAAGGUCAUGUGCAUGCUGAGUGGUGUCAAAUUUCAAACCGUUGAUGGAUCACUUUACACAUCUAGUAUCGUGGUGGUUUGUCACCUGCAAGAUCAGGUUAAUUUGAUGAUGUGGCUCACUAAAUACUACUGGAUCACAUUGUGCUUUAGAUGACUAAGCUGAAAUGGACAAAAAUGGUUAGUCCCACAUCAAAAGCUUGCCACCAUUUAAGCUGAAGAUAAAUCAAAGUUUCUCUCUCUUAGUAAAGAUCCCUUCUCUCAAAAAAAAAUAAUGCCUAGGACCAUCUUGAGAGAAGGCAAAAAGGUGGUCUGUGAUAUGCCUUAGUCAUUGUAUAUUAAAUCACGCAAAUCUAAAAUGUAUAAAACUAGAAAAUAUGAUUUUUUUGAUAUUUAGAAGUAUUUCUAAACAAAUAUAUCAAUUAUAAUUCAAUAAAACUUCCAAAAAAAUAGUAGUAAUUUUCCAAGUCAAUCACAAGGAUGUAAUAUAAUAUCUGGUAAUUAUUCAAAAAUUUUCUCAAAGAAUACUAUUUUCUAUGAAUUUUAUACUAAGAAAUGAAAAAAAAUAUAUUUAAAAUUCACAAAAAAGGGAAAUAAGGGUGCAGACGUCAAGAUGAUUCUUACGUAAGCGAUUAUAGACAAUUUAAUUUAUCAAAUUAAGAUUUGUAAAAUCAAAAGAAUCAUAAGUGAACGAAGUAUAUUUUGGUAAAUUAAAAUCACAUAAAUUAUCACUAAAUGAAGCGUAAAGUAAGUUGAAAGUAGGAAAAUAGAGUUCCGAUGUCACAACAGUGAUGCGUCGACAAUGCACUAAAAUCCUGAGUGUUUGGGAGGAUAGUCAUGUAGUGUCCAUGGCCUUGAAGGCUCUCCUUGGACAAGGAUGAUGUGAGCAAUCUCUAGAUCUCCUUACAAAGUUUAGAGAUUAACAAAAUGGGUCGUUGAAUCAUCUCUAGCGGCUAUCACCCGGCGAAGCGGAAAAACAGCAACUUUGCGACUCUCCGGCGGUUGUCACUUGCUGGAGAGGAGUUGGAUGGAGGUAAGGUGCAUGUCAAGGAGCUUCAUCCUCAUGUCCGUGCAGCAAGAGGAGGCUCUUCAUCGCAUCUGGUACGCUCUCAAGUGGUGGUGACUUGUCUCCCGGUAGAUCAUCCUCUUCCUGAUGACAACUUGUUCGUCGAUCAAUCGGAGAUGAUUUACUCGAUUCACGAUCCUUUUAUCGUGAAUCCUUCAACAAUUUUAGUAACAAUACUUUGCGAAUUACAUUGACAAGAUUUUCACUGAUGAUCUAGUGAUUUUAGUUGCUUAAUCCUUCACCAGCGAUCUAUAGGAAAGUUGCGAUAAUCAGAUAAAAAUGUGAGUUUUGGCUCUGGGAGGAUUCGAACCCACGCCGGUUGCCCCCCCUUUCGAGGGAAGGUGACGCGGGUUUAGUCCCACAUCAAUUGUGCGCCAAAGUUUCUAGCGAAGAUAAAGUAAUAUUACAUUCAUGAUCAAGCAUGUGUGUACGACCACUCCUUGUCCCACAGUCAACUGGCCACCAGUGACGUGGAAGGGGAGUGGCGCACACGUGCCCCCAUUGGUUCAAGCCACUCGAGCUCCUACUCACGGCUACUCCCCAACUACGCUUCUGACCCACUUGCCAGCCCAGCGGGUCCCCCCAUUUUGUAAUAUUUCUAUUUUUAUUUCUUAUUCUUCAUUUAUCUCAAAACUAAGACUGUAAAAAUCAUAUAAAUUCGUAUAAAAUCACAUAAUUACCCAAAAAUUCACGUUAAUCAAUUGAAAACUACUUUUCACACUUUAACACAAAUAUAAGUCUAUUUAUCAUGAGUUAAAACUAAAACUAUAUUAUUUACUAAUUAUUAACUUAUGAUAAUAAAGACUUAUUAGUUUACCCUCGCACAAGCACGUGUGUAUAGAUACUCCUUGCCCCACGACCAGUUGACCACCAAGAUGUGAAAGGGGAGUGACGCACACAUGCAUAGAGUGAGUCCUUCAUCACUCAAGCCCAGCUCAUAGCUCCUUAAUAAGUCUUCAUUAUCAUGAGUUAAUAAUUAAUAAAUAAUAUAGUCUUAGCCUUUACUCAUGAUAAAUAGAUUUAUAUUUAUGUUAAUUUAUGAAAAAUAGUGUUAGUGGAUUAAUGUGAUUUUUUUGUUAAUUAUAUAAUUUUAUAAAAAUAUAUAUGAUUUUUAUAAUUCUAUUUUUGAAGAUAUAUGAAGAAAAAGAAAAUUUAAAAAAAUAGAAAAAAAGGACCUACCGACCAGUUGGGCCCGCAAGUAGGUCAGAAGUGCAAUCAAGGCAGAGCCACAAGUAGAGACUUGAGUAGCUAUAGACCGAUGGGGGCAUGUGUGCACCACUCCCCUUCCAUGUCACUAGUGGCCAGCUGGUUGUGAGACAAGGAGCAGUCAUACACACGAGAAAGGGGCUCAUUACUUAUAAAUUUGAUAUUACUCUAUAUUUGUCCAAAACUUCGACAAACAAAUGAUGUGAGACUAAAGCCAUGUCACACCUUCCCUAGAAUGAUGUCGAUUAUUUCAAUACUUAAGAUACCUAUUAGUUAUAAGAAUGAUAUAGCAUGAUGACACCCCUUUAUAAGGGUAUUAUAGUACUUAUUUCACUCCCUCUCAUGUAAGCAAAUGACUAGCACAGGUUUAAAUCUUUUUGAAGUCAAAAAAUAUUUUUUUAUCUAAUUAAAUCGUGAUUUUUUUACAUAUCGCUGGUGAAGUAUUAAGUCAGCAAAUUGCUUAAUCAUCGAUAAAAAUCUUGUCAAUGUGGUUCGCAAAGCAUUGUUACUAAAAGUACUGAAUGAGUCGCAAUAAAAGGAUCGUGAAUCCAUCAAGUAAAUCAUCUCCGAUUGAUCAAUGAACAAGUAGUCGUCAAGAAGAUGAUGAUCUACUAAAAGAGUAAUAAUAUAUUGAUUAUGACAUUUAUAAUGUAGCAUGUUAUCUUAUUAAAAAUAAAUAUUUAUUAUUUUUUUAGGUAUUUCAUUGAGUUUGAUAUUUUUUAAAAGUUUUAAUAAUUUUUCUUUGAGUUUUACAAUCAUAAUUAAUUUUUUAUUAAUAUGAGAGAAUUUUAGAGAUUUUUAAUUUCUUUUUAUGGUUUUUAGGAGGCCAAUAUAUGCUUCAACGGACAAGAUCUGAUAUGUGGAGAUGAGGCAACGAAAUCAAGGGUUGAGGCAUUGACACACAGCAUCAUCAAAUGAGGAGAUCAAAAGCCAUCAAAAAUGUCCACACAAUCAACGGUAGAUGGAGCAUACUUACCAAGGGUGUAGUGGAUCUCAACAUUCAAGAAGAUUUGACAGCUACGAUAAGACUUCCAAAUCCAAUGCUUUAGAUCAACUCGAGAAGAAACCGUCUCUCAUCCGAUUUUAUCACGGGCAAAAAGAUAGAAAUAUCCUCAUUUAAUUAUAGCCCUACACAUGUAUUCUCAUCCUCUCGUAUAAACCCUUAUGCAUUUAAGCUACCAUUUAGGGGUGGAAGAAUGUAACUUCAAAUGCCCCGACAUUUUGUCAGCUCACAUGAAACAUCAUUGAGGUUUGACAUCAGAUUUGGAUGUGUUUUGGUUGAUUCAAGUGUGGAUUCAAAGCGUAGAGCCAUGUUCAAAGCAUCAGAAUAGCUACUCGAAGAGGAAACCACCUGGCCUUGACAACAUAUAGAGGCCUGAGGUAAGUUCAUCUAAGUUCGAUGUGCUCCACACAUGAUCAAUCACUUAGGUAUUCGUAGGUUUGAAAUAGAGUGAUUUAUAGUUUUGAUUCUGCAUUACGAGUCUUUUAUAUGUGUGUUCACUUCUCUAGCAUUGUCCACAUUGUUGAUUUUCUAUUUUCCCCCAUUUCCAACAGCAAAAAUUCUUUUUAGUUGUGGUCACCUCUCUUUUGAUGGUCAUUUGAUUUAAAUAGUAACUAAGUAUGUCUAAUUUCCAUUCCUUGUGGAUCAACCUCAAGUUCACUAGAGUAUUACUUAUUUUAGUAUUUUUAUUUAAUAAAUUCAUGAUUAUAAAUAUUUUUUUGAUCAAGAGAUUUUAGGGCUUUCAACGACCCUUGAUUUUAUUUUAUUAGAGAUGGGUCGCCACCUCUUGAAAGCAUAUCAAAUGCAAUGAAGAACCUCCUCUUCCUAUGUGGACUUAAGGAUGAACCACCAUCUAACUCCACUCUAUCAGGUGAUAGUCACCGAAAAGCUAUAAAUGAGUUAAAAGAAUGAUUUAGUAGCAUGAAAUGUUAUAAUACUCUUUGAAUACAUGCUAAAUAACAUAGAUUUGAUUUUACAGAUUUUCACUUCGUAAUCUUGAUAGAUAGUAUUUACUUGAUGUGAAAAUUUGAUUGCUUAUUUGAGUUUAAUAGUGAUAUUUACACCUUGAUCUAUAGGACUUGUGAAGAGAAAUCACUUAUUUUGGAAUUAAAAAAAAUAGCAAUGUGAAAAAUCUAAAAAUGAAUAAUAUAAAUGGAGGGUGUGAGACAUCAUUCUCAUUGUCGAAAAUCAUCCAUAGAAAAAUAAUUGCUGCAAAAUAAGUAAAUAAUAUGAAAGUCCUGAAAAUGAAGAAUACAAAUGGACGGUGUGAGACAUCAUUCUUAUGGUCAAAAUUUGUCUACAAGAAAAACUACUUAUUCACUAUAGAAAAAAUAGAAGAAAUAUAAUAUAAAGUUUAAAAAUCAAGCCAUGAAAAAAUAAAAAUAUAAGAUUAAUAUUAUUUUUAGAUGAAUAUUGAUAAUUAGAAUAUCUUGUGGAUUAUAUCUAUGAGUGAAGAAGUGAUAAAGAUGUGAAUAGAAGAAGUGAAGUCUAGAUGAUUAUUCUAAUGAGUGCGCAAAUAUUUAAGUGCUUGAUAUCAUUCUUAAAUACUUGAUAUAAGAGUCCAAAGUGUCUAGAAGUGCAUCACUUCUAAUUGUAUUUUUUUUUAUACUAAAAUAUGAUGUUUUCAGAUUUAUGAAUUUUAAUUGUUAUAAUUUUAUUAUUAAGAGACUAUUAAUGAUUUAAGUUGAGGGCCAUUAAAAUUUGAUGUGACUUAGUCGUUGUAUAGUAAAUUACGUAAAUUUAAAAUUUAUAAAAUUAGAAAAUAUUAGUUUUUAGAUAUUUAGAAGUAUUUCUGAACAAAUUUCUCAAAUAUAGUUUAAGAAAAGUUCCUAGUAUAUUUUGGUAUCAAUAUUAAUCUAAUUGAUUUAAUUUUUCGUGCAUGCAACAUGAUGUAAAAAAUUUAUAAAUUAGAUAGUUCUAAUAGUUUUACUUUCUGUUUUCAAUUCUAUUUUCAAAAACAAUGAAUUUGUCAAAAAUAAAUCAAAACUAUCCUCUUUAUAGUUGUAAUUACGAAUUUCAGUAAUAUAUGUCUAGGAGAUUGAAAUGUGAGAAAAGGUCUCUAAAAUUUUAAAUUUUGGGCUGUUUUUUCUCUACUAUUUUUGACAGUUUAUAAAUUAUUUUAUAUUAUUCUUGACAGAAAACCAGAAAAUAAAUGUUGUAGUUUUUCUAUAAAAAAUUUAGUUACUUUUCUAAGUGAGCAUAAAAAAAAAUACAAACACAUGUUCUUAGUCGUUCUACAAUAGAAAUUAAGAUUUAAUAUUUCACCCCUCAACUUAAAAAUGACAUUGUCCUCAAUGACAUAGAACUUAAGGAAAACAAAUAGAAUGAAAUAAAAAACAUCGAUUGUCUCUUAUGCAAUGUUGAAUUUAAUGUCUAUAGCUAGACAACUUUUAGAUCAUAUAAGAUGAUCUAUGGCCAUCAAAACAUAUUUAUACCCUAAGGUAAAUUUCAUGAUAUUCUUUUUCAGAUUUAACAUAAUUUCAUGUGCUUCAUAUAUAUACCUUGACAUACUUUCAGCCAAAACAAAAUGAAAAUUAAUAAAAUUUUCUCAAAAUUAAUAUUUCUAUUUUGAAAAAAAAAAGUUCUCAUUUGUAAGGCUCUCAUUCAUUAGUAAACGCUUUUAUCAAUAGAUUACAAAAUGUGAUCAGUCCAUAUAAUUUUCAAAUUAGCUCUUACUCAAUUUAAAAAAAAUCAUCUAAAAUGAUACCUCUAGUUCUUCCACUCACCCUUUUCUUAAUGUAUUCUUUUAUCUGUAUAAUCUUCCCCUACUCUAUUUUAUCUUUACUACAUAUUUAUUUAAUUUUUUAUAAGUAAAAUAUUUCAAGCAUAGACAUAAUUUUAAUGGGCUGGGUUUUGAAGGAUGGAAGAAUUGUCUACUUUAAUCUCAGAUCUAAUAAAUUCAUUUAAAUUUAAUUUUUUUCCUCUAAAAUUAGUUAUAUAUUCAUAUUCAUUAUUUUCGUUUCUCCCCAUUAGUUAAAUCAACUCUCUUUCUAACUUUUCAUUUCUCAACUCAUCAAAUUCUUCAUCCUUCCAAGAGUUAUCUUUUAAUUUUGGUAUAUGAUAUGCAUCAUCAUUCUCACUAUAAACAUCUAUGGCUGCAAAAUACUGAUUAGAUUUAUUAAUUCAUCUUCUACAUCUACCAAAUCAACUAGUUUUUCUUCACGUGAAAUAUAUUUUUCUUUAUUUUUGUUCUUACUCCUUUCUACUAAAAUUUAGAUUAUUUUUUCAUGAUCAAUUGUUGUUUCUUCAUCUAAGGGCUCUUUUUCCUUAUCAUCCUCACUAUAUUCAUUCAUCAAUUGUGAGCAAUAAAUAAUUUUAUUUAAAUUUUCUACUACUAUAUUUUCAGCCUUAAUAUUCUCAUUUACUUCUAAUGACUCAUAUAUUUCCUCUAAUAAUUUGAAAUAAGGAUCAAGUAAAAUAUUGUCACUCAAUGUAUUUAUUAUCCUAACAUUUUCAUUUUUUAGGUUUUUUUUAAUUUUUUCAAGUUAAACUCUCCUUGUUGAAAUCUUACUAUUGGAUAGUUUCUUAAAUUUGUUAUGAGUUGACUAAGUGGUUGUCCCUCUUCUCUCUUAUUUUCAAAAGCUUCUAUAAAUUAUUUUUGCUGCAACAUCAUUUGGUUCAUUAUUUUUUACAUCAUUUGGCGUAUUUACUAUAUCAUAUCUAUAAAAUUAGGUUGGAUUUGAUAGGAUUGAUUUUUCUAACAUCUGUGUCCCUAUUUUGAACAAAAUUCAGAAUUUAAAUUGGGUUUAAGUGCUUCUGAAUUUUGAGUAUUAUUUAGGUCUCUCUACAAAAAAUUCUUUCCUCAAUUAAGAUUAUAAGAAUUAGAAAAAUAUUCUCUAUUUCUACUAAAAUCAUGUGGUACUUACACAUACUCUUGCUUAAGCUGAAAUGAUUGAUCAAAGUUAUAGCAUUGAAAUUCAAAAUGAUCAUUUUCAUCAUAGAUAUGACAGGUACUAUAUGCAUUAAAUUGAAGGUUAAGAGGCUUUCUAAUAUUGUCACUAAGUAAAUCAAGUUUUUUUAAUCUUUGAUUAAUCUAAUUGACCUCAUUUCUUGAAUUAGAAUCAUCAUCAUGAUGCAAUUCAUAAAUCUAUAUCUUCUUCUUCUUGUCAUAUAAUUCAAAAGAGAUUUUAUCUUUAGAAUUAUUACUUAAAUUCUCAUAAAGAUUAUAAAUCUCAUCAAGAGUUUUCUCUAUAAAAACUCCUCCACAUACAAAAUCAACCAUAUUUCAAUGUUGUUCUAAAAAUUCAUCAUAAGAAAUUAUAUCGAGCUGUCACUUUGGUAUAACAUGAUGAGGAUAAUUUCUAUGUAAAUCUUUGAAUUUUUCCUAUGUCUCAUAUAAAGUUUCUCUUGACUUUUGAGCAAAACUUCAUAUAUAUUUUCUCAUAUUUUUGAGUUUUCACUAAAGGAUAAUUUUUGUGAAGAAAUUCAUAUUAUAUGUCUUUUUAACUAGUUAAUUCUCUAUCUAGUGUGGAUAACCAAUAACUAGUCUUGUCCCUAAGUGUAUGAGUAAAUAAUUUCAUCUUAAUAAUUUCUAAUGUAACUUGAGGGAGAUUAAUUAAAUCACAAACCAUAUGAAAUUUUUCUAAAUGUUGAUAAGGUUCCUCUAAAAGUAAUCUAUGAAAAUUAAGGAGCAUUUGGAAAAUUUCUAGAUUUAUUUCGAAUUUAACUAUGGGUGCUAAUGGGACUCUAAUAUUAGAUGUAGGGAUAUAAUAAUUUUUCAUGGCCAUGGGAUUAUUAUCAAUUUGACCUGUACUAUCUUCAAGAUCCAUAAAAAUUGAUCUUUUUCUUUUGAAUUUUUAGUUUUGAAUAAAAGUGAAAGGAUUUUUUAGUCUUUGAUGUAAGGAUCUUUGACCAUGCAUAAAAAUUAAUAAAUUUGAAGAAAAAUUUUAAUAAUUAUUACCCUCCUUCAGUCUAUUCCAAUCUUUGCCUUGUUGUUCUUCAUUUCUUUUUUAAUUUUUCUACAAGAAGAAAAUAAAAAUAAGAGUUUUUUUUGUGUAUUCUAAGAGAAAAAUAAAAAAAAUAUCAAAUAUUAUGUAAUACAUCCCCCGCAAUGACGCCAAAUGCAAUGAAAAGUCUCUAGUGAGUCGUCACCUCUUGAGAGCAUACCAAAAUGCGAUGAAGAGCUUCCUCUUACUAUGUGGACCUGAGGAUGAAGCACCAUGACACGUACCCCAUCUCUAUUCAACUCUCCAUUGGGUGACAGCCGCCGAAGAGCUGCAAAGUCACUAUUUUUCCGUUCUACCGGGUGACAGCUACUGAAGAUGAUUCGACAACCUAUUUCAUCAAUCUCUAGACUUUGCAAGAAUAUCUAGAGAUUACCCACGUCAUCUUUGUCUAAGGAGAGCCUUUGAAGAUGUAGACACUACACGACAAUCUUUCCAAAUGCUUAGGAUUCCGGUGCAUCGCCAAUGUAUCACCGCCGCGACAUCAAAACUAUAUUUUACUAUUUUUUAAUUAGUUUCACUUCUUCUAACAUUUUUUGGACUUUAAAAGGAGAUCUAACGAAUGCCCAAAUCACCUAUGUCUAAAAAAAGCCUUUGAGGUUGCGGACAUCAUUUGAUGACCCUCUCAAACACACAAAAUUCUAGUGAUUACUGUCGCGAGGUUGGAACUCUACUUUUCUUACUUUCAACUUAAUUCUCACUUUAUUUAGUGAUAAUUUUUGUGAUUUUCACUUUCUAAACUAUUCUUUGUUCAAUUAUGAUUUUUUUGACUUUUACAGAUCUUAAUUUGACCAAUUGAAUCCUUUGUAAUUACUUACGUAAAAAUCAUCAGUGAAACUCUAUCUUCACCUGAUUUGCAUUUAUCAAGCACUAACGUCAUCAUGAUGUCUUCACUCCUUAUUUUUUUUCACAAAUUUUAAAUAUAUUUUAUUUUUAAUUUUUAGUAUAAAAUUCAUAAAAACUGUAUUCUUCAAAGAAAAUUCUGAAAUAUUACUUGAUAUUAUAUUACAUCUUUGUGAUUGACUUUAAAAAUUUUCAUUAUUUUUGAAACUUUUAUUAAAUUAUAAUUGAUAUAUUUGUUCAGAAAUACUUAUAAAUAUUUGAAAAUUAAUAUUUUAUAGUUUUAUAAAUUUUAAAUUUGCAUGAUUUACUAUACAACAACUAAGUCAUGUCACUCCCUCAACUAAGCAAUAUAUCUUAUGUUUAUUAUGAAAGUUAAUAAAAUAAAAUAAAAUAAUAAAAGUAAUUAAAACACAAAAAUCUAGCUUUAAUAGGAAUCUAGAUAUAAUAAUCAAUUAUUAUUUAGUAAAAUAGAUAUUAUCAAUUAUAGUUAAAAUCCCAAUGGGAGUUGCAAAUACAAGAAUCCAUUCUUCUCUCCUUUUAUGCAAUCGACAUCUCUAGCGAUUAGCAAAGCUCGUUCCUUCCUCCUCUGACUACACUCAAAGUCUCUAGUGAGUGGUCAGCUCUUCCCUUCUUCCCCCAAAUGAUGGUGACAAUGUGGUCGGCCCAUCUUUUGGUGGAUCUCUCUAGCAAGCGGUGGCUCUUCCGAACAAUACUUCUGCAACUUCCAACAUGGUGUGAGACAUGGACAAAAUCAAGCCACCACACUAGUGUCUCUAGUUGCCCAAAAGAUAGAAUAAACUUGAGCAACAAUCUAUUUCUUGCUUUCAAUAUUUACUUUCCUAUUUUUGUCACUUAUUUUUAUUUUACAAUUGGUUAUUUCUAUUUCAUGCAGAUUUUGAUUGAAACGAGUAGAACUAAUUCAAAACUUGAUGAACAAUCUUCGUUCUUCUUUUGAAUCCUUUGAAACUCGUCUAAGAUCAAGCUAAGAUCAUUUUAAACUUAUUUUCUAUUAAUUUUCAUAGUUGAAUCUUGACAUGUUCAUAUUCUCAACAUUCUGCAAAUAAUGAGUAUUUUUUUAUUUUUGAAUGUGAAAUCAUCAAGAUUAAAGGUUGAUUAAUGAGUAUUAAAUUGUAAAAAAAACUAGAGACAUUUACGAUUGAUGUCAUGUCAUGUGUGUGAAUCUUUGAGCACACAUUUGUCUAGGAAUAAUGGUCAUUGUGAAAACGAGUUGAUCGUAUUUCUCUCUUUCUCUAUUUUCAUCUUAUUUCUCUCUCGCCUUCUCUUGUGAGACCUCUCUUCUCUCUCCAUCUCUCAUGAAACCUUUCCCUUUCUCUCCCUCUCUUUCAAUCGUCUCUUUCUCUAGCUCUCUCUCUCAAUCAAUCUCCCUCUCUCCUUCUCUCUCUCUCUCUCGUGAGACUUUUAUCUUUCUCCAUCUCACAUGAGAUUUCUCUCCUCCUCUCUCUUUCUCUCCCUUUCAUGAGAGAUCUCAUCCCUUCUCUCUCUCAUGAGUGCUCUCUUUUCUCUCUUUUCCUCUUUCCUUUCUCUACUUUUCUUCCUUUAUUCUUCUCACCUCACCCUUCUAUUUUGUUAUUAUCAUUUUCAUGAUGGAUUAGUUUUCACAAUAGAUUAAUCAAUGUGCUUGUGUUCGACUUAAGACUUACUUCUAUACUAGUAUUUUAUUAAGUCUUAAUUAUAAAUAUUAUUAAAUAAUGUGUAUUUAAACACAACGACAAGUGUCCAUCACACAUCUCGUAGAUCACCUUAGAAGAUAUCUUUAUCCGAAGAGGUUAGUGUCAUUAUUUCUCAUUCUUUGCGUAAGAAAUGUAAGGAUCCAAAGCACCACUCAUCUCAUGUAAAGUGAGUGAAACUACAUUUAGAAAUGUGCUCUUAGAUUUGAAAGUAAAUGUUAAUUUAUUAUCUUUGACUAUUUUGAAAAAUUUUGAAUUAGAAGAACUAAAACUGACUUUAGUAGAACUUCAGCUAAUUACUAGAUCUAUUAAAACACCUAGGAGUCUCCUAGAAGAUGUUAUUAUCCAUGUUAAAGAAUUUAGAUUUUUAGUAGAUGUUUUUAUUUUAAAUAUUUCUAUUUUAGAUAAUCUCACUCAUGCACCAAUCAUAUUAGGACGCCUAUUUCUUGCCACAACCAAAGCAAAUAUUGAUUGUAAAAAUAGGAUUAGAAAUAUGAAAUUUGAAAGUCAAAACAUCUCCUUAAAUGCUUUUAAAAGUUCAAGAUUUCCACAUAAAGAUAAUGAUAAUUAUGAAGAUAUUAAUGCAAUUGAUUCAUGCAUAAAAGAAAUGAAUUAUGUUUAA